AUGGAUGCUCCCCCACCAUACCAGGCACAGCCUGACAGCAAAGCACCAGCCCUCGCAGACCAAGACCUUGGCAUCGAAGCCCCCUUCGCAGACCUCAAAAUCGACCCAACUCCUCAUGAUCCUGAGCCCAAUGUCUGCCUCGCUCACCUCAGACUUCUCUUCGCCUUUGAAGCUCUCAAAGAAGACAUCGGCUACCAGGAUGGUUUGUUUGGUAUAUGGGACUCUCGCGCCGAUGGAAACAUCAGAGUCAGAGAGAACGGUGAUGUAGAAGAGCUUCCUGCUUCAGAGAAAUUCACUCCGGAUCUCGAAGACAAGAAGAAGGCUCUAAGCAAACUACGAGAAAAGCGAUGGAGUCUUUUCGUUGCGAGAGCGGUUGAUCGCUAUCAAGAUUGGUGGAGUUCCAACUUUAGAACUCUGUCAUCGUUGACUGAGGAUAAGAUGAAGGACAAGGAUUCCCUCUCUUUUGGAAAGUUUGUUUCGGGGGAGAGCACAUAUUGGUGGGAUCAGGAGGCUCUUCCGCCUCUUGAUGUCUUGAUGGUGUAUCACUCCCAUCUUUUAAACCCUCAUAACUUCCUUGAAGACUGUCUACGAAGAGGUCUUCGCCAAUUCUGGCAAUCGGGUAUGCCAUGGGGCCGUGUCAACGCUGCUAUAGACGGUUCGUUCAACUACAACGUCUCGGAUGAGAACAAAGCCAAGUGGUUAGCUCAAACCGACUGCGGAUGGGAAAACAUCCAUGACUCAAACUUCAAACGCAUCAGCUGCCCUAAUAAGAAUUGUCGUACAAAGCUCAAAAUUCCUUGGACGACAUGUGCUCUUGAAGAAACACCCAAGACCUCAGAGAGACCAGGUCUUACUGGCACAGGCUAUGGCGACACCAAGUUCGAAACCCGAUGCCCAAAGUGCAACAUCAAAAUCACCAAAGAAACACUGAGCGUGGCCAGAUUCUGUAAAGACGCUGAUGAUCUCGUCUUCUUGAGCGAACCCAUGCCAGGAACGCUUCUCUGGCCGACAAGCGGCACACCAGUAGUGAUGAUGGACCGCACAGGCAACAAAUUUGAUCAGCGCAUGUUUCCCAACCGCAUGAUCCAACACGUCCUACGUACUCAGAUCCAGGGUCUUUUGGACAAUCCCGAUCCCGAGAACCCGCCCACGAUGGAAACUGUGCGCAAGCUGAUCGAGACUGAAGCUCUCAUGAAACCCAGCGCACUUGAGACCAUCUAUGGUAAGCCAACCAAGUUAGUCCCUCGCUUCUCAAAAGUUGCGACUCGGAAGAUGAUGUCAAGAUACUGGGAGAACUUCAGCCCCUUCGCCCUCGAUCUCACAGGCGCUGUCAUGCGACAGGGCAUCUUUUCUGAAAAGAUGUGCAAGCUCGACUGGUUGCACUCACCCACUGCACGCGAAACUAUGGACCGUUGCUGUGUCAAGUAUAAGCGUUUUGUCAAGAUCAUCUCCAAGAACCCUCGACGCGUCGUCGUGCCCACGCUGGAUGUUGAUUUGGCGUGGCACACUCACCAGCUCAGCCCUUUGGCAUACUAUCACUACACCACACGCAAGACGUUCAGGUUUAUUAGACACGACGACAAGAUUGAAGAUGACAAGCUGAAUGAAGGGUUCGAAUGGACGAGUAAGAUGUAUCAAGACACAUAUGAUGAGGUUUACUCAGAAUGUACUUGUUGGUAUUGCGAGGCCACGCGAGCAGCGCAUGUUUCUGCCGCAGGGCGAUUUUUGAAGCUGUCUCAUAAUGAGAAGAUUGCAGAUAAAUUCUACGAGUCGGGAAAAGCAGAUAUGUGUCCGCCUGAUAACUCAGCACACAUCUCUUCUCACAACGCUGUGCGAACCAACGACGAAGCUCUUAUUGCAACGAACCAGAUCGAAAAGGUCCAGAACAGAAUGCGAGCAGUGCAUAAGAAGCGUUUGGAAGAAAACUACCAAAAGGCCUGCAAACGUGCUGAGAAGAAGGGUCGUAAACUCCCACCAAAGGAUCAGUAUUAUGAUCAUUGGGGGUAUCCCUACAUGAUGUACGGACCGUUUAUGGCACCUACGAUAGUGUUUGUUCCUGUCUAUGCUUAUGGGACUGCACCAACUUGUGCGGGUGGAACCUGUGGAGGGAACGUUGCUGCGGGAGCAUGCGGUGGUGAUGAUGGUGGUGGUGAUGGUGGCGAUGGCGGCGGUUGCGGAGCGGGAGGCUGUGGAGGUGGAGGUUGCGGAGGAGGAGGAGGAUGCGGCGGUGGAGGAGGUGGUGGAUGUGGAGGUGGUGGUGGUUCCUGA